AUGUCGGGCGGUUACGAGCCGUUUGCCUUGAAAGAGGAGGAUGCGAUGAAGUUCCUUGCCUCGCAAACCCACAUUGGAACCACCAAUGUUGAUCACCAGAUGACGCAGUACGUCUACAAGCGUCGCGCUGACGGAGUCAACGUCAUCAGCCUGAAGCACACCUGGGAGAAGCUGCUGUUGGCCGCUCGUGCCAUCGCUGCCAUUGAGAACCCCGCCGACGUGAUCGUCGUCUCGGCUCGUCCAUUUGCCCACCGUGCCCUGAUGAAGUUCGCUGCCCACACAGGAGCCACCCCAAUCUUCGGCCGUUUCGCUCCUGGAGCCCUGACCAAUCAGAUCCAGCGCAACUACAAGGAGCCCCGCGUCAUUAUCAUCUCGGACCCACGUGUCGAUCACCAGGUCGUCACUGAGGCCUCGUACGCUAACGUGCCCGUCAUCUCGUUCUGCAACACUGACUCGCCGUUGAAGCUUGUCGACAUUGCUAUCCCAUGCAACAACAAGGGAGCCCAAUCCGUCGGUCUUCUCUGGUGGUUCUUGGCUCGUGAAGUUCUGACCCUGAAGGGAAAGAUCUCGCGCCAAACUGGAUUCAUCCUCGACGACAAGGAGAUCAUGCCUGACCUCUACUUCUACCGUGACCCCGCCGAGACCGAGAAGGAAGAGGCCGCUGCCGCCGAGGUCGCCGAGACCGCCGCCCCGGAAUACGUCACCUCCGCCGAUGCCGGACCCAUCGACUUCAACAACGCAAUGGAGAUCAAGGAUUGGGCUGCCGAGGCUGCCACCGACAACUGGGGCACCACAGGAGCUGCUAAUGCCGAGUGGCAGACCGGCCAACCCCAGAACUCCUGG